CAUAGAAACAAUUUCCAGAAAAAUUGGAAGCAAAACAACAAUAAGAUGAGAAGACACAAGGCAGAAAAUCGUUAAUAUUAUUAGAAUUUUAGCUGUUUAUAUAGCUAUAUAAAAGAAUUUCAAAAUUUCAUUAACUUAUUUCAACGGAAACCUCUCAGUUUUAAAAAUUUGAACCGUUAUAGUUUAGUACAAUGAUGGACGAAUUGGAAACGCCAGGAAGGAGAAUCACUCGGAGUAUGACUAUGAAAGCAGGCUCAGCAGUUUGCGAAGAAAUCAAGCUCUCUGCCUUACUAAAGGCGACAAAAAUUUGCGAAGCAAAGAGAGCAGAGGAGACAUUGGCCCUGGAGUUGAAAGUUGAAGAGGAAUAUGUGAUCAAAACAAGCAGCAGCAUCCUUGUGGAGUCUCUUUCCUCAUCCAAGCUUGACGAUAAAUUUGAAGGGGUAACAAGCCUGAAAAAUGCAGACGCAGAUGAUGCAGAUUCAGUGCAAAGGCGAAUUUUGGAAAACAUGGAACUUGAGAGACUACGAGACGUGGAGGAUGCUGUGCUAAACAGAGUUGCUAAGCUGAGGGCGUACUCGAUUGCAAUUCGAGCUACUCUGGAAGAGCGAGCCAAGCAGAGAGAAAAGGAGCGACGAGAGGAAGAGGCCGCUUUGCAGAAUGAAUCCGAGGGCUUGGAAAACUUGGAGCGCAACCGAACAGCUCUUGUCCUACAGCUUCAGUCAAAGAAAAACGUGGAGCAGGAAAAGAAAAUUGAAAAGAUCAUUGAUGACGCAAGUAAAUUCGACUUACGGAAGCGGGAAGAGCUCAAAGCGAAACGAGAGUUGCUCGAGAAAAUCGUCUCCAACCAACACAAGUUCAGAGAAAAGUACCAGCAGCUUUCAGAUGUUUUGAAGGCUUUUCCAUUUAGGGAUGAAAUUAUUUCUGGAGGCACCAUUACACAAGAAGUGGCUGCAAUUAAAAAUCUGACAGGUAUGAUGGAAACUCUCAGCAAGCAGUGCAAAGUUGGAGAAGUGAGCAAUUUGGAUCUGACAACAUCAGAAGCACUCGUCCAAAGCUUAGAGGCGGGUUUUUCUGCAAUUAAUGGAAAAUUGGAGGGUAUAAAAAAGGUGAAAGAAGAGGCCAAUCGACCAGUCAUUGCAGAGGUGAAGGCUGAGCCUGCAACUCCACCUGCUUAUGAACCCGUACAGGCUGCCCAACCACCAGAGAAUGUUGUAAGACCUCUACAAAGAGAAAUUGUUGCUCCUACUCCAAAAGCACUAGAGCCAACGCAAGAAAAGCCUACAGUAACUGGAUUGGAGGGUUUUAUUUCAAGGGAGAACUUAGCUGAACUGACUAGGCUGCAAGCUUUCUUAGAGCAGCGUUUGAACCUCGUCAAGCCAUUCGAAACGGAUCAGUCGAUGAAAAAGCUCAGAUUCCAGCUACAGAAAUCGGUUAACACACCGUUGAAUGCUAUAUCUGCUGUGAGUAAUUCGCACUUAAAGGACAAAUUGCAACGUCUUCAGGCUGUGUUAAGAGGCCAAACAGUUGAGGUUACUGGCACAGUAAUAUCUGCAAACUCGCACCCACAAGGAAUUGCUUACUGCACAAAUUUGCUUGCCGAGAGAAUAGUUGAGCAAGGAGAGCAGAUUGUUUCCAGCAAACCUGAUAGUGCUUUUGCAAUUGCAGCUGUAGCAUUGACAAUAUGGUCCGAAUUCCCUGAAUUUGGGGACUUGCUGUUAGCUCAUUUUUACACAAAGUGCCCAUUCCUUGUUCCGUAUUAUUCCCCUAGACCUGCAGGUUCAUCUGACGAGAACUAUUACAAAUCUUUGGGGUAUAAAUAUGAUGAGGAUGGAAAAAUAGAGCCACAAGACAAGUAUUUGAAAAGGAUGACUGGUACUGCCCAUUUAUUCUUUGCAAUACUUAUCUCCAAAUUGCCUCGAGACAUUUCAUCUCAACCUCCACCCACGCUUGCCAAAAUUUGGACAUGGCUUGCAUCACUCUUAAAUCUUGACCCAAGACCUGAUAUAUCGGCUACAAUUCUUCUGACUUGCUUGGAGGUGGCAGGGCAUUUGCUGUGUUCUACAUAUCAAAAGCAAUUCCACAAAAUGUUUAUUGUCAUCGUCAACAAUUAUUUCCCACUUAUUCAACAGCUCUCACCCAAUGUAGCAAGUGGACCUAUUUCUAGACUCGAAAUGUUUCUGUCAAAGGCUUGCAAGGGCUUUAUUUUUCCUCCCCCGACUGGUGCUCUUCCGCAGCACUUCUGGUAAUGCCAAACAUACACAGUGACACAUGUAUGACUUAUGAAAUCAACAAAAUCAACCAGUUAAUUGUAAUUUUAAUGAAAUUAAAAAAUAUUUUCUUAACUUUGAAAA